AUGUACAUAUGCCACAUUACAUGGGCAAGAACUUAUCCCUGUUCCACUUUUGGCCGUAACUGGGCUGCCGAAAUCAGAUGUUUGAGAAAUUUGCUUUCACACUGUGAGAAGUCACUCAAGGACUCCUCGCGACGAACAAGUAGAGAUCUUGAAGAGGUUCCAGAAGGCCCAGAAAAGAUGAUCGAUUCAAACUCGCAUUCCUAUACGACUCAGCGAUGCGUUAUCACUGACACUCCUUCCUUUGACUGCAACCAUUGUUGUACGAAGAGGUUACUUGAAUUAGAAAUUCAAUUCAACAAAAAGAUUAACGAGUUAAACAAAAAACUGGACGAAGCGGCUUUAAGGCACAACAGAAAAUUUGCGAAGGAAAUUCUUUCUCUAAAUAAAACAAUGAGAUUAAUGACUUCUCGGAUCUACAGUAAUGGAGGAAACGAGUUCAUUGUUGUAGAUGAACACGUAUCCUGGUAUCACGCUGAAGAAAACUGCAUCAAAUGGGGAGGACACCUAGCAAGUAUUUCCAACGAAGAAGAAAACGAAUUUAUCAAAGGACUGAUUAGGGGUCAGAGUUGGAUUGGAGUUAACGAUGUUGCCAAGGAAAACAAGUUCGUCUGGACAGAUGGAAGUCGAUACGCAUACUCAAAAUGGAGAAAAGCAAAAAAUUAUGCUGUAUUUCUCUCUCAAGCAGUAAUAAAGCUUAAAAGAAGCUUUGGAACUGAAGUUAGCACCGCUCCGAAAAUAUUGCAACAUUUGUGCCGGUUUAAUAUGCGUACUGUGCAAAAUCAGCCGGAACAAACUGAAGCACUUUCCCCAACAGGAACAUGA